GUCAUGGUAACGCCGCGACGCUUCGCAGCCCGGAAGUAACCCUAACUUGUGUGAGGCUAGUGUAUUAGCGGGGCGAAAUUAAGGUUUAUAAAGACAUAUGCAGUUAACCAGAUUUAUAAUUAUACUUACAAGUACGAUAGGAUAUAAAAUAUUCCCCCAACGUGAACGACUCAUCUAUCAAACACAGUCAGCUGAGAGGAGAAAGCUAUAGCUGCAUGUUAGCAUGCAUGCUAGUAAAGUUUAGCUGAAACACGGAGCUCGUGCUGUAUCGGGGUUAAUAAUGGGAUUUUAUGAAGUGUAUUCUCACCCGGUUUUAAUCCGGUAUAAAGCCAGUGUGUGUUCCCGGGCCAGUGUGUUUGUGCUGGUGGUGUAUCUGCUCACAUACAUCCCUCCUCUACUCAUCACCUAUAGAAGCCAAGGGUUCUGGCUGAAACAGAGCUCGUAUGAAGAGCAGCCUGUGGUUCAGUUCCAGUAUGAGAUGUUGAUGAUGGGUGUGACGAGUGUUAGUGGAGAUUAUGUAGCGUGGAGCACCUUCUCCAACUUCAACACCCUGCUGGGGGACAAACUGCGCAUUCCCACCGUGUCUGUGCGAGAGAGCGACAGGAAUGGUGAUGGCAAAGCAGACCGUCUGUCUAUGCAGCUGUCGAUCCCUCUGAACAGCGCAGAGCAGAUCUACAGCGUCCAACUACUGCUCACAUUCUCCUACCAACUCCAUCGGAUGUCGGUGGUGGUGAUGCAGUCGAUGUUGUUGCUCCAGUCCUCGUCUCCUGUCCCCGUGUCUCAGCUCUUCAUCAGUGGAGAUCUGAAGCUGCAGCAGAAGGAGCCUCUCUCUCACCGCGGUGUACACACUGAUUAUAACGUGUCUGUGAUCGACUCAGCGAGUCCUUUUGCAAACUCUUAUGAUCUGACCACCAUCGUCAGGAACUACCAGGAGAGGAACUUAACCACCUAUCUGUCGUGUCCUGUCCCAGUGUGGACUUUCGGUCGAGCAGCGAACGCACCGUUUCAGAUCAUCGCAGAAAUCCGUUACCCGGUGGAGACAAUAACGUAUCGGCCGGGCUUCUGGGAGACGGUGAAGUUUGCCUGGGUUCAGUACGUCAGCGUGUUGCUCAUCUUCCUCUGGAUCUUCCAACGCAUCCAAACCUUCGUCUUCCACAACCGUGUCCUGCCCACUGUACCUGUCUCCCUGCACAAACCGCACUCCUCCUGACCUGUGUGUGUGUGUGUGUGUGUGUGUGUGUGUGUGUGUGUGUGUGUGUGUGUGUGAAUGAUGUGUACAGUUUGAUAUAAUAGCAUCACUGUAGUUUUUUGUAAAUGUCUCAGUGAUUAAACAUGUCUGUUCAGA